AUGGAGCCAGAAGGGACUGUCAACAGGACGUACACUGUUAAUGACAUACAUCCCUGCUAUGAGUCAGAUAAUGGAACUUACGUAUUUACAAGCAACCCUUCACUAAUAUGUGUAUUAUUAUAUGUUUUCCUCGGCUCAUUGUCUGUUGUCACAGUAUGUGGAAAUCUUCUUGUGAUAAUCUCCAUCAUUUAUUUCAAACAGCUCCACGUCCCUACUAACUACCUCAUCCUGUCUCUGGCUGUGGCUGACCUGCUUGUAGGAGUUUUGGUUUUUCCUUCCAGCAUGGCAGUCACUGUAACCUCGUGUCUCUAUCAUGAAGGUUUAUUUUACAGAUAUUAUGCAGUGUGUCAGCCUCUCACUUAUAAAAGUAAAAUAAAUAACUGUGUUAUCGGGGUCAUGAUCCUGGUGAGCUGGGGGAUUUCUGCCCUGAUCGGAAUUGGCAUCAUAAUUGCAGGAUUCAGCCAAGGAACAUGUGAAGACAUGUGCUCAGUUGAUGUUUUAAUGGCAAACACUAUGGGACCUGUUUUCUCAUUUUACUUUCCAGCGAUCAUAAUGCUCUGUAUCUACCUGAAGAUUUUCAUUGUUGCACAGAAACAGGCAAACAGCAUCCAGAACGCAACCUGUCAGAUCACAAAGUCUGGAGCAGCUGUUAGUAAAAUGGAGAGAAAGGCCACCAAAACUCUGGCUAUAGUCAUGGGAGUUUUUCUCUUAUGUUUGACUCCUUAUUUUCUUUGUAUUGUCUUUCAGCCUUUAGCUCAUGUAACCCCACCAGUUACUGUGAUUGAAACACUUAAUUGGCUUACACUGUCAAACUCAAUGCUCAACCCAUUUAUUUAUGCUUUCUUUUACAGCUGGUUCAGAUCAGCUUUUAGAAUGAUCAUUUCUGGAAAAAUAUUUCAAGUGCACCGCACAGACCAGGGGUAA